AUGAGUUGUGUUACUCUAUACGGGCAUCAGUUGGCUAGCCAAAUUGACGAGUUAGUGAUUCGAAAAAUAGCGUACGAAAAGAAAGAAUUAUUAAGAAGAAAAAAGUUGCCAGAAGAAAAAAAUCUUUUCAUUAUAUAUUCGAAAAACUUAGUUACAUAUUCAUAUCUACACAUUCUUUUGAAAAAAAGUUUAUACUUAAAGGCUCAUGUUAAUUUUAUACUCAUCAGAGUACAUAACAGAUGUAACCAAAAAAGAUUAAUAAAUUUGAUAGAAAAAAUAAAUAGAAAAGGAAAAAAUACUUGGGUCAUAAUUUUAUCCCCUUUAUCUCCUCACAUAAAUAAGUGCUACAUAUCCAGUUUCAUACGUGAAGAGAAAGAUGUAGAUUGUUCUAAUUGUGCCACAAUUUGGAAGUUGCUAAACAGUGAUGAUGAUUACAGCGUGGAUUGCAGCGGAACAUGUGUUGAGACUUGUAAUAGCAUCAAUGGAUGUGAUGACAGGUGCAUAAAUUUACCCCCGCCUCUACCCCUUCCAAAUGUGGGGGCAUCAUAUUUCUACAUAGAAUAUCGCAACGUUUUCCUGCAGUUGCUUUUUGCGGUUUGCUACUUUUGCAAGAUGAAAAAAGGAGAAGAUAUUUGGAUGGAUGUUCUUUCCAAUUUUCGCACAUGGAAGGAGAUAAAGAAGAAAAACGAUAGAAAUGCAGGAGAGGGGAAAUACCCAGGCUUACGGCAAGUAUUAUUGGACAACAACGAGGAGGAAAUCCACAAAACUAGUGGCACCAAACUAACAAGCCACUGCAGCAGAGCCAAUAACAGCUGCAAGGAAAUAGGACAGAUAAUCGACCGAAACUCAGCAGUAUACAAUUAUUUCAGGAGCAGUGUAAAAUAUAAUCUCCCAUGUUGUGUACAUGCCAUCCUUGUAUUUAUAAAAUAUUACAACAUCAGUCUGAAAGGGAAAAAUGUGUUAAUUGUUAAUAGAAACGUAAGCAUUUUCCUAUCUUUGUUUGUCUUUUUUUUGAAAUAUGAUAUUUCUACAACUGUUUAUGAUCCAUUGAUUGGGAAAAUUCUGUGUAGUUACCAAAGUGGGGCCAAUAAUGGAAAUCCAAAUGGGGGAAAAGGCUGGUACUUCAAUAUGAAUGAAAGGAAAUUACACAUCAAAAACGAGAAAGAUUUUAAAAUAAAAUUCAAGAUAUUUUAUAACGCUUACUUGUCUACCAAAAAUAUGUACAAAAAAUUUUCCCACAAAGAUAUAUUAUCAAUGCAAAAAAAUAUGAACAAAAGGGUAGUAAGGAAUUCGGAUAUUAUAAUAAUUGGAAUUGGUUCCUUUAACAUUUUGAAAAAAAAUCAUAUCAAAAAAAGCGCAAUUGUUUUGGACUUGGGAAUAAAUUUGACACAACCUCGAAAUAGUUGUAUGCAGACAUGUACCAUGCCCACUUGGGGCAUAGAUAUCCAGUAUAAAAAUGUGGAAAUAAUAAAUGAUCACAAUGAAUUGGUGAAAAUGAAGUAUUUGUACAAGAAACAAGUGGGAUGUAUAAGGAAAUGCACAGCAUAUCGAAAAACCAAGAACAUUAAACGUUUCCAAAUUGUGGAGAAUGCUAUAAAUAUAACAAAGCCCACAUGGUUAAUUCCUGUCCCUGCAAGAAGUGUUAGGAGUAGAAGUAUCUUAAGAACGAAAGUUAUCUCAGUCAAAAAAGAAGGAUGUAACAGUACUCAUUUACAUUACUUUAAGGAUGAUAAUAUUCCACAAUACUACUGGAAAUGGGCUAAGGGGAAAAAGAAUAAAUACAGUAAUGUUACUAUUUUAAAAAGCGGCAAAUCCAAAAUUAAAUUUUCCAAUCGUUUAGCGAAGUAUCUACAGAAUUACGAAAUUGUUGGUGACGCAGAUGUAAACUGCAAAAAAAGAUGUGCACUUAUUUCCAGUGUCCCUGGUGGAUUAGGUCUCAUCACCACAUCGGUAUUCUUUUAUAAUUUGUAUUUUAAUUAA